AUGACCUUCGAGACCCCAACGUCCAAGGUCGACAGGCAGGUGAAUUUCUACUUCUCUGAUGAGAAUUUGCGGCGGGACGUCUAUUUAAGAGGGCUUCUGAAAAGUCCUGAAGGUCUCCCUGUCACAACUUUACUCACUUUCCCACUACUACGUCGCCACCAAGCAGCUAAGGAUGAGGUCAUGCCCGCUUUAGAGAAGGUCUGUGCUACCUCUCAAUACGUUGAGCUCUCAUCCGAGGAGUUUGUCCGUCCCCGAGCAUCUGGUCUACCCCCAUUCAAGUGGCCCAACAGCCCCCGAGACGCCUGUGGUGGUGUUAUGCUCCUUUCCCCCAUCCCUACCUGCUCUCCUGGUUCAUCUUGGAUCGAUGACGUUUCCAAGACAGUGAAGACUGCCGUGGAGAAUACUGUUGGCCAUGAGGUCGAAUACGUGAUGCCUUAUUACCCUUCAGGGCGCUGCGCUAUACUAUUAAAGCCCUUCCCCUGCGAUAGAGCUAUUUGCAAAUCGUUCCGGGAGGUCGGUCCACUGGAUGACGGUUCUAUGUUGCCUAUUCAAAUCGCCUACUCUCACACUAGAAGGCAGUAUUUGAUGAUGAUGCCUUCCAACGUCCGAAAGGAAGGGCAAGUGCGGAAACGUGUGAAAGUAGACCGUCCGAAAAUGACGAAAUCGGCCAAGCGCAUACGGAUAAGGGAUACUCCCAAAAUUACUCAGUCGGAAGAACUCAGUCGAAAUGAGAGGUGGGCUCUCGAUGGCUACCUACAGUUCAACGACGAUCUUGAUGAUGUCGUGGAUACCAACAGUAACGAUGCGUUUAUUGAGAUUGGUAAGGUCAGUGAAGUCGUGAUUGGAGAUGAUGCCGACCGUCGGGUGGAUUCCGACUUGGUCGUAGAUGCUGACUGA